UGUGGCUGAAGAAGAAGAAGAAGAGUGUACAUUCCAGCUGUGGUACUCCGUUCGCUGGCUCCUGAAGAUCUCGCAAGCCAGCAACAAUGAGCUAUCCACCAGGUGGUUGGGACAACCCGUCGUCCGGAUAUCCUCGCCAACCGUCAGCGUUUCCCGGUGGUGGUCCCCCCGGCGGUCCACCUGGUGGGUUCCCUGGGAUGCCCGGUGGAGGGAUGCCGAUGCCUGGUGGGGAGAUGCCGAUGCCUGGUGGGGGGAUGCCUGGAGGAGGGAUGCCCGGUGGUGGAAUGCCCGGUGGUGGAAUGCCCGGUGGUGGAAUGCCCGGGGGUGGAAUGCCCGGGGGUGGAAUGCCCGGUGGUGGAAUGCCCGGUGGUGGAAUGCCCGGUGGUGGAAUGCCCGGUGGUGGAAUGCCAGGUGGUGGGAUGCCCGGUGGUGGAAUGCCCGGUGGUGGGAUGCCUGGAGGUGGGAUGCCCGGAGGCGGGUUUCCUGGUGGUGGACCUACUAGCUUUCCUGGGCCUCCUGGUGGGCCGCCAGGUGGAGGGUACCUCCCACCAGGUGGUGGGCCACCAGGCGGGUUUCCUGGAGGUGGAGGAGGAUAUCCAGGAGGUGGAGGAGGAGGAUAUAAUCCUCCUGGGGGUGGAUACUCUGGUAUUAGACCCCCUGGAGGGCCUGGAGGAUUCCCAGGAAGCGGUCAAGGUGGAUAUCCAGGCGGCGGCGGCGGCGGCGGCGGCGGCCCUGGAGCAAGCUGGUCUGGCGGUGGAUACGGCGGGCCAGGUUACGGCGGCGGCGGAGGGUACCGAGGAGGAGGAGGAGGAGGAGGAGGGUACAUCACUUCAGGAUACCAAGGACAGAUGUUUUCUCAGCCGGCUGGAGGCUACGGAGGGGGACAACAGCCCUUCAGCUCUGGAAGCGCGCCGAAAACGCAAGGCACCAUCCGACCGUUCCCGGCCUUUGACGCCCGUCACGACGCUGAGGCACUGCGGAAGGCCAUGAAGGGAUGGGGUACAGACGAGAAUACAAUCAUUGACAUUCUUUGCAACCGGAGCAGCGACCAGAGGGUGCAAAUCGUGACGGCUUUCAAACAAGCCUUCGGCAGGGAUAUGAGAGCCGACAUUAAAUCCGAGCUGAGAGGCAAAUUUGAGGAUGUCAUGGUGGGGCUCCUGUACCCGAUUCACGAGUACAUGGCCAUGGAGUGCCGGAAGGCCAUCAAAGGUUUGGGAACUGACGAAGAGGCCCUCAUCGAGAUCCUCUGUACGCGACCAAAUGCCGAAAUUAACGCCAUCAAAGAGGCAUAUACCCAAAUGUACCAACGUAACUUGGAGCAGGACGUCAUCGGCGAUACGUCCGGCGCUCUGAGACAUAUCCUCGUCUCCAUGUGCAAUGCUAACCGCCAAGAAGGUAUACCACCGGACACAGAGCGGGCAAAACGUGAUGCCGUUAUGCUCCAGCAGGCUGGUGUUGGUCGUUACGGGACUGACGAAGCUGCGUUCAACACCAUAAUGGCGACACAGAGCUACGACCAACUUAAACUGGUGUUCCGCGAAUACAACGUCCUCACCAACCAGACGAUACUGGAGGCGAUCUCUAAGGAGAUGUCUGGAGACGUCAAGGACGCAUUCUUUGCCAUAGCCAAGUGCGUCUUCGACGUUCAGUUCUACUUCGCUGAAAAACUGUAUAAGGCUAUGAAGGGAGUCGGCACGUCCGAUAAAAUCCUGAUAAGAAUAAUUGUAUCUCGAUCUGAAAUCGAUCUGGUUCAAAUCAAGGAAGAAUAUGAGAGAAAUUACAAGGUGGAUCUCGCAUCGGCUAUCCAGUCCGAAACGAGUGGUGAUUACAGGAAGGCCCUGCUCGCUCUCGUAACAGGAAACUGCGUUUGAAGCCUGCUGUUAAGCAACGUCUAGGGAAUAAACUUCACUUUAGUCUAAUA